CCUUAGAAAAGAUAUUUAUCGAAUCGACGUUUACUCAAAUUUCCGUCGUUUUGUUUUCAGAUUUCUGCUCUUCUCUUCUCCCACCGCUUUUUUUUGCUAUCGUCUUCCUCCUUCGAUUACGUCGGUGGAUCUUUCAUCAAUGAUUGGCUUCCUGGCGAUUGCGAUUUUUGCGGCUCGUGUUCUUAAUCAUCAUCACUGAGUACGGUGUAAUAUCGAUGAUACAUUGAAUGAUGGAUGAAGGCUCAGUCGGGGAUGUGAGUAGGAUCGAUGAAGCCGAUGUUGCUCACCUUCAGUUCAAAAAUGGUCAGCAAUCUCUUAAACCGGAGAACUGUGAAGUCCAGGAAAUCAAAGAAGUGGAGGUUCAGAGAGAUGCUGGUUCUCCUGAUGGUACAUUUGGUGUAAUAGCAGAUUUUUUAGAUGGUAGGAAUGUGAAUCAAGCUGAAAAUGCACCAUGUUCUAGCCAGCAGAAUACAAAUGAUGCGGAGGACGUGGUUGAGGAGUUGACUGUUAAAACUUGUGAAGGUUCGAGCAUGGCCAUAGUUGGUAGAUCAAAUAAUAGAGGUAGAUUAGAGAUCAAUCGUGGUCAGCUUCGGCAUCGCUUUCCAGUAGAUGGAGAUUUACCUAGUAGCAGUUCUGUGAGUAAGAGAGAAAGUGUCAGUGGAACACCAAUUAUCAGGAGAAAUGCAGGAAAAUUGUCCUUGCCUGAGACUUCAACUGGAGAUCAACUGGCCAUUACUGUUAACGGUGGAGCUAAUGAACAUUUGAGAAAUGUUGAACGAAAUCCUGCACCAGCAGAGGCAUUGUCCCAUGGAGGCAUCAAGACAAAGAUGUUAUCGCAGUCUGGUUUCUCUCAGUUUUUUGUUAAAAAAACAUUGAAAGGAAAGGGAGUUACAUUCAGAGGACCGGCACGUAAUAGAUCUAUGCCGAGCAAUAUGGAUAAGCAAAUUGUAACUAGUUCUGGUAACUCUCUAGUAACAUCAAAUACUUCAGCAAAGGUUUCUAGCAGCAUUCCCUUGGCGGCUUCUGAUGUUUUACCAUGCUUUCUUUCCAAAGCCAGUAAUCCAUCUUCUUGUGGUAACCCUUCAGAUAUGCAUAGAGGUUGUGGAGUUGAAGGUUUAAGUCUGAGAGAAUGGUUGAAGUCAGAGCGUCAUAAAGUUAAUAAAGCCGAAUGUAUGUAUAUCUUUAGGCAGAUCGUGGAGCAUGUGGAUGAUUCUCAUUUUCAAGGAGUUGUUUUAUGUGACCUACGUCCAUCUUUAUUCAAAAUUUUCAAGGAAAAUGCUGUCAAGUACGUGGGUUCAGGUUUUCAGAGCGAGUCUUUAGACGGCAAUAUGAACAAAGAUCCUAUAAGGCAACUCGAAUACCCUCUGGCUAGAAGGCGGUCAGGAGAUUCAGGAUUUUCUCCUAGUCCCUCUUUCCCUGCUAAGAAGCAGAAAUUAGGUGGACCAAGCUCUACUCAGUGGCCUAUGUUUCAACGAGCUGGCGGCGUUAAUAUCCAAACUGGAAAUGAUGAUGCACAGGAACUUCGUUUCCGAUCUAGUCAAGCACAUCGUAGUACAGCUGCUCGUCCUUUUACUUCAAGGAGUGAGCAGUUGGAAGAGAAAUGGUAUGCGAGUCCUGAGGAGCUCGUAGGCGACACACUUUCAGUCUCUUCAAACAUCUAUAGUUUGGGUAUUCUUCUUUUUGAGCUGGUUAGUCAGUUUCAAUGUGAAAGAGCUCACGAGGUUGCGAUGUCUGAUAUCCAUCAGCGGAUUCUUCCUCCCAAAUUUCUGUCAGAGAAUCCAAAGGAAGCUGGGUUCUGUCUCUGGUUACUUCAUCCAACACCUUCAUUCCGACCAUCAGCCAGGGACAUCUUGCAAUCUGAAGUGGUUAGUGGAAUUCCAGAUUUGUAUGCUGAAGGCAUAUCAUUAUCUAUCGAACAAGAGGACACAGAGUCUGAAUUGUUGCAGCAUUUUCUUGUUUUGUCCCAAGAGCAAAGGCAGAAGCAUGCUGGAAAGUUGAUGGAAGAAAUUGUGUCCGUAGAAGCAGAUAUCGUAGAGAUUGUCAAAAGACGUUGUGCCAUAAGGCCUCUGUCUGUGGAAGAAGCUUCAAGCUCAUCGCUUGCUUCAAGUGUACCUGAAAUGAGACUGAUCAGGAACAUUAAUCAGCUUGAAAGCGCUUAUUUUGCAGCAAGGAUAGAUGCUCAUCUCCCUGAAGCACGUUAUAGGUUACGCCCAGAUAGAGAUCUGCUAAGAAAUCAUGAUAAUGUUACAACAGAAUUAGAAAAUAGCGAGACUUGGAGCUCAGAUGAUCGUGUUGGAGCGUUCUUUGAUGGGUUAUGCAAAUAUGCUCGAUAUAGUAAGUUUGAAACUCGGGGUGUGCUAAGGACUGGGGAGUUACACAGCACUUCAAAUGUGAUUUGUUCUCUGGGUUUUGAUAGGGACGAGGAUUAUUUUGCUACGGCUGGUGUGUCAAAGAAAAUUAAGAUAUUUGAGUUCAAUUCCCUAUUCAAAGAAUCUGUCGACAUUCAUUAUCCAGCCGUAGAAAUGCCAAAUAGAUCAAAACUUAGCGGCGUUUGCUGGAACAACUAUAUCAGGAAUUACCUAGCUUCAUCUGAUUAUGAUGGCAUUGUCAAGUUAUGGGAUGUGACAACAGGACAGGCCAUUUCACAUUUCAUAGAGCACGAAAAGAGGGCUUGGUCUGUUGACUUCUCUGAAGCUUGUCCUACAAAAUUAGCCAGUGGAAGCGAUGAUUGUUCUGUGAAGCUAUGGAACAUCAAUGAGAGGAACUGCUUAGGAACAAUCCGGAACAUUGCAAAUGUUUGUUGUGUGCAAUUUUCUCCACAGUCCUCUCAUCUGCUAGCAUUUGGAUCAUCAGAUUUCAGAACGUACUGCUACGAUCUACGGAAUUUAAGAACUCCUUGGUGCAUACUAUCAGGGCACAACAAAGCAGUUAGCUACGUGAAAUUCUUGGAUAAUGAAACCCUUGUCACAGCGUCAACUGAUAACACAUUAAAGCUUUGGGAUCUUAAGAAAACCACUCACGGUGGCCUCUCCACAAAUGCUUGCAGCUUAACUUUUGGUGGCCAUACAAAUGAGAAGAACUUUGUUGGUUUGUCUACUGCCGAUGGAUAUAUAGCUUGUGGCUCUGAGACAAAUGAGGUUUAUGCAUAUCACCGGUCUCUUCCUAUGCCGAUAACCUCGUACAAGUUUGGUUCCAUUGAUCCGAUAUCAGGUAAGGAGAUUGAGGAAGACAACAACCUAUUUGUUUCAAGCGUUUGCUGGAGAAAAAGAUCGAAUAUGGUUGUUUCAGCUAGCUCAAAUGGGUCUAUCAAAGUUCUAGAAUUAGUCUGAAAUCAUAUAUAUAUAAGAAAGCCGAGGUAAUUCUUCAGCUGAAGCCCUAAAUGGUUGAGAGUUUAAAAUUGAACCAUCAACCCAAGACUCGGACAAAAACAAUCUUAUUACCGAGUUUGCGGAGAAGGUUGCGAUCAUGAACAAAGCUUUCAACACAGAAGAGAUAUGUUCAAGAGUUAAGUCUAAUUUACAGUGUUGGA